AAUCAUUGCUAGCUAUAACAAAGUCAUUCCUUUUCAAACCUCACAAGAAAACCGCCUAAAACCCCAUUUUUUCCUUUCUCUUUCUCUCGUCUUUCUUUGUUCUUCAAGAAUCCUGCAAGAAAACCGUAUCCCAAACAACAACAACAUCAAGAAUUCUCAAAGCCUUUCACUCAAAAAAGAAGGGAAAAGAUCCAAAGAACCUCAUGGCCUGUGAAGAAGAAGGUCAUCCCAAGCUUCAAUUUCCAUUAGAUUCGGAGUCUUACAAGAUUAUUGAUGAAAUCGGGGCUGGCGUUAGUGCCGUAGUUUACAAAGCCGAAUGUGUUCCCAUGAAUUCAAUUGUUGUUGCCAUCAAAGCCAUUGAUCUUGAUCAGUCCAAGGCUGAUUUCGACAACAUUCGACGUGAAAGCAACAGCAUGUCACUUCUUUCACACCACAACAUCCUCAAUGCUCAUUGCUCCUUCACCGUUGACAGACGUCUCUGGGUGGUGAUGCCAUUUAUGUCUGGCGGUUCUUUACAAUCCAUAAUCUCAUCUUCUUUCCCCGACGGUUUAUCAGAGCAAUGCAUUGCCAUUGUUCUCAAAGAAACCCUCAAUGCAUUGUCAUAUCUUCACAACCAAGGGCAUUUGCAUAGAGAUAUAAAGGCUGGCAAUAUUUUGAUGGACUCGAUUGGGUGUGUUAAGCUUGCGGAUUUUGGGUUUUCAGCUUCGACUUAUGAGUCGAGUUCAGGUCACGAAUCGUGUUCAUCGACAUCUUCAUCACCGUUGGUUAUUACUGAUGAGUCGGGAACCCCAUAUUGGAUGGCACCAGAGGUGAUACACUCACAUACAGGGUAUAGUUUUAAGGCUGAUAUAUGGUCUUUUGGUAUAACCGCGCUAGAAUUAGCCCAUGGAAGGCCUCCUUUAUCGCAUCUACCUCCUUCAAAGUCUUUGAUCAUGAAGAUUACCAAGCGGUUUAGAUUUCCUGAUUAUGAAAAUAAUAGCAAGAAAGGUAAGACCAAAAACUUUUCAAAGGCCUUUAAAGAUAUGGUUGCUUCUUGUCUUGAUCAAGAUCCUGGGAAGCGACCCUCGGCAGAGAAGCUUUUGAAACAUUCCUUUUUUAAGAGUUGCAAAGGUUUGGAUUUUCUUGUCGAGCAUGUGUUGCAUGGAUUGCCCAGUGUUGAAGAGCGGUUCAGGGCAAGCAAGAUUCUUAGGGAGGGUGUUGAUGUUGGAGUAGAUUAUGAAGAUGUUGAUGGGGAAUCAGGGUCUCAGCUUGUUAAACAUAGAAGGAUUAGCGGGUGGAACUUCAAUGAAGAUGGGUUCGAGCUUGACCCUGUAUUCACCAGCGAGUCCAAAGACGAUCCAAUUGGGAAACAGGUUCGUUUUGGUGGCGAAACGAUCAUUCCAGUAAAGGCAGGUGACUCGGAUGGAUCGGGUAAUCCUGGGGGAUCAAAUUUGAAUUUACCAGAGGCUGUGUCAAGUUUGAUUAGUUCACCAGGGGGUGUUGGGGAGAGGGGAAAUGAUGGUUCUCAUGGUGAAGAAGAGUCUGGCAUUGAGCGAAUUGCAGGGAAUGAGUCUGGAGUUGACAGUACUUUUAAUGCAGAAACAGUAGUGGGUUACCUGAUGACAUUGAAAAAGAGUUUGGAUGAUCAAAUGCAGAAGGUGACAUAUAUGAUUAGCCAGCUUGGAGGGGAAGUGAUCAACAGGGAAGAUCAAUUGGUGCAGUUGAUUGAGAAGUUGAGGUUGGAGUUGGAGCAUGAAAGGCAAAAGAACUUUGAAUUGGAGAUGCAGUUAGAGAUUCUCAGAAUGCAGACUUCUGGUCCAUCCAACACUGAUGAAAAUAAUUGAGGUUUACCCGUCCCAACUACAACAUUUGCGAGUUGGUUGAAGAUUUGGGACAUUGAGUGAAAUUUCAGUCUAGUUUUUUUUUUUGUGAUUUGAGUCCACAUAGUGUAUCACAAAUCACAAGUGCAAAUAUGUGCGCCUUAAGAUAGUUGGGAAUUAGGGACAUGCCAAACAGGCUACAUUUGAUUUCAUCUAAUGGAAGAAAUUGAAAGAUUAUGGAUAAUUUUGACAUUCUUUAUGCAUAAUUCUAUGUUCUUUGAUACCUGAAGAACGAGCUACAAGUCUCAGAAUUUUCAUUUCAUAUAUAAAUUAUCAGUAAAAACUGGCUUAUGCCCGAGCAUACUAAACUUUUUGGGGUGAGAAUCCAAUUUAGUAUCUUGCGUUCUCAUGCUGAUGACCCGAAACAUACAUGAUGGCCAUUGGUCUAUUCUGUAUAGUCCACUGAAUCGGGCUUAGACCUAGAAAGGCUAAAAUCAAUGACUGUAACACCCCGCAGCCGACCCAAAUCA